UGUAAUUAUAAUCGACGAAAUAUCAGAAAAAUGGGGAAGAAACAACACCAAAAAGAUAAAUUAUAUCUCACAAAUACAGAGUGGAGGACAGAAUUUGGAGGAUACAAGGGGCGGUCAGCUACAGGAGAGAACUCCAAAUUCAGGAGACUUCCAUUCAGUUGCUGCAGCCUCUCAUUCCAGCCCUUUGAAAAUCCUCUAUGCACAAAGGAGGGUGUUGUUUUUGACUUGAUGAACAUUGUACCAUUUCUAAAGAAAUAUGGAAUAAACCCAGUAACAGGAGAGAAACUCAGUGCAAAAGAAUUGAUCAAGUUAAAUUUUCACAAGAAUGGAGAUGGGAAAUAUCACUGUCCAGUCACAUUCAAAGUAUUCAAUGAGAACACACAUAUUGUGGCCAUCAAACCUACAGGAAAUGUCUUCUGUAUGGAUGCUGUUGAAAGACUGAACAUAAAACCCAGUUUCUUCAAAGACUUGUUGACAGAUGAACCAUUUACAAGAAAAGAUAUCAUCACCAUACAGGACCCAACAAAUGUGGACAAAUUUAAUUUAAAUACCUUCUAUCAUGUAAGAAAGAAAUUGAAGUAUGGAGAUGAAGAUGAUGACGCAGCUCGGAAAAAUCCCAUGUAUCAUCUGAAGUCUGUGAAUGCGGAAACCCGAGACGUCCUAUCAGAACUCGAGAGGGACUAUAAACCAGCAGAAAAGAAAGAUGAAGAAAAGAAGAAGGCUGACUUUCUGAAUGCUGCCCACUACUCCACAGGGCGUGUGGCUGCCUCUUUCACAUCGACAGCCAUGGAUCCCACAACUCAGCAUGAAGCAGCCAUCAUUGAUGAGGAUGUUUUGAGAUAUGAAAUUGUGAAGAAGAAUGGGAAAAAGGGCUACGUGUCGUUGAUUACUAACUAUGGUCUUCUGAAUCUGGAACUUCACUGUGAAAUGGUGCCCAAGACCUGUGAAAAUUUCAUUAAGCUUUGUCAGAAGGGUUACUACAGAGACACAAAAUUUCAUCGACUUAUUCGAAACUUUGUGCUCCAGGGUGGGGAUCCAACAGGCACGGGAACAGGUGGAGAAUCAGCUUGGGGAGGAGCCUUUAAUGAUGAAAUCAAACCCAACCUAUCUCACACAGGCCGUGGUAUACUGAGCAUGGCCAACUCAGGGCCAAAUACCAACAAGUCACAAUUCUUCAUCACCUUUAGAUCAGCAAAACAUCUUGAUGGAAAGCAUGCAAUAUUUGGAAGAGUUGUUGGUGGUCUGGAUACAUUGGACAAAGUGGAGAAGAUUGAAGUGGAUAAGAAAGACAGACCAAAGAAGGACAUUGUGAUUGAGGAUUGUCGUGUUUUUGUGAAUCCGUAUGAGGAAGCAGAUGAAGAGUUGGCAUCAAAGAGGGAGGAACUGAUACAAAAACAGGAAGAUGAAGUGGCAGCAAAGAGGAAGUAUGUGUACAAGAAAGAACCCGAGGAUGACACCCCUAAAACUUACAAAAAGGGAGUUGGAAAGUACAUCAAUCCUACAGCACUGAAGCGGUCAGCAGAGGACACUCCUCCCCCCACAGUCAAAAAGAAAGCAGCAAUUGAGGGGGCCAAGUUUAAGGACUUCAGCUCCUGGUAGAGACAGAAUCACAGAACUCUGAAUAAAAUCUGUUUAUUUCAAAUUGAAAGUCAAAAGGCAAUGCGAGAAUUUUCUCAUUUCUGAAAAAAAAACUAUGAGUUGCAAAUAUGUACAUUUUGAUGCAUACCAAAUUUUUUUUUGGUGAUAUACAUGAUUAUGUACAACAUGUGAGUAUAGUAAAUAAAUGUGAUACAUCUG